GUAUAAGGCGACCUCAGGGUGUCACCUGUCCAGUAUAUGAGGCUCCGGGCACCGAGCGAGCCCUGCAUGGCCCAACAUGCUCCAAAGUACCUCGCCUUCUUCACUCGAUCCUUUCCCUCCCUGGCGGCUUUUUACUUCCUGAAGUUCCAGCGGAAGACCGAGCUCCUGACUUACCUCGUCCUGUGCGUCUCCAAAAUGCCGUUCAUACCACCCGUGUCAUUAGCUCGCUCCAUGUCGGGACUGACCGGGAAGGAUAAAGCUGUGGACACCGCCGACAAGACAAAGACAAAGACUGCCAAAGAAGACAAAGGCAGCUCAGUGAAAGAGCGCCUGGCUUUGAACCUCAAGCAGCUGAGCAAGAAGAGCUCACCCAGGAGUCACCUGCCGACUUCUAGAGGACUUCCAGGGCCGCAGAAAAAGGGACCCCCAGAGAGCAGCCCUGCCUCCAGCUCGGGGGCGUCCCUGACCAAGACCCAGCAGCGCAAACACACCAACUCAAUAAAGAGUGAACCUGAGCUGAGAACCAGAGCUAAAAGUCAUCCAGACGAGACACGCUUCACACUAACUCUCACACCCGAGGCCGUGCUGCUGCUUCAGCGGAGGAACAGCGAGCGGCGCUCGGCCGCUAGGAAUGUCGCCAACAAUGCUGGCGUUUCCGUCAAUGUCCCGGACUCCAGACGCAGGAGGGACCCGCUCUCCAGAAGGCACCCAGCCUCCGCCCUGCGCCACAGCGCCCCCGCAGGCCGAGCGGCUGUCAGAACUGACGUCAGCGCCAUGGUGAAGGUGUCGCUGCUCAACGAGCGGCACAAGUACGACGACGUGGAGUACGAAGACGAGCAGGACGGCGGCGUGGACGAGCGCGUGGUGCUCAAGUGCACCGAGUGGCUGCGGGGACUAGAAAACACGCCUGUGUCGCUCGCGCUGAAAAAGAGUGCUAGCAGCAUGAAAAGCUUCUAAAGGAGAAAUUAUAUCGAGGAGAUAUUUUGAAGUGUUGACUAAGUGUAUUUUUACACAACAAAAAUCAAGUGAAGACAUUUUCUUUGCAGUGCAGUGCCAGGCCAGGAGUUGGCAGUGUGACUUCUAAAAACACCACACAAUGCACACAAAGUGCUUGUCCUCACUGAUCUUAUCUCAAAUGUUCUUUUUUUUAAUUAUUCCUUUACACACAAGAUUGUGUGAUUUUAGGAUGUGAAGUAUGAAGUAGGUCGUGUAGUCUUAGCUGUAGUAAAAGUACAGCGGAACCUUGGUUAGCGUCACAAAUGUACGCCACAAUUUUGCCUCAGUUUAUGACGCACAUCUUGUUGUGCUGAUACACUGUGUUCUUAAUGUUUUGGGUUUUCUUUUUCAAUCCCAAAACAUCCUUCCUUGUUAGCUUGCUAUUAGUGAGCUAAACAAAAUUACAAUGGUAGUGUCAUCAGCAGGGGACUCAAAAAUUUGAAAAAAACAUGUUUUUAUAGUUUUACAGUUAUAGUUUUAGGUGCAUAAAACAAUUCUAAAUGCACUGCAAGUGGAUUUACAUGAUUUUGAUGGGGAAAACGUCCGUUUUGGUUGGAGUGGGAUCUCCUGGAACGAAUGAACGACGCUAACCAAGGUUCCCCCGUCCUACUCUUUUUUUAAAUUUUUUAAAACAAUGUUUAAAAAGUCGUAUUCAUUUACACUGAUGCGAUAAUAGCCAUCGCAGGAAACUGUACAGAGGAGGAAGUAAAAAAAAAAGACCAACAAGGAACUAUCCCAAUGUUAACGUGUGUGAAUCUAUAUUAUGUCUUAUUUUCUCUUAUUAUGUCUUGGGUAAGGAGUGUAAAGGUGACUAUAGGGGUGUUAUUUCAUGUCUAAGAGGGCUCUAAUAUUGUUUUUAAAAAAGUAUUGUUUCUAUGCCAUGAAAAUAUUCCAACAAGGCUAACACUGGCUUAUUUUUCCAGCAAUAUUUCACAUGUUACCCCUCAUUGUAGAUACAGUCAUCCCUCGCAAUAUCGCUGUUAGAUUAUCACUCCAUCAGGAGAUCACGGUUUUUCAGAAAUGAAUGAAAAAAUGAUGGCUGUUUGGUGGUCGACUAUGGUCUAUAAUUGGUCAAAACAUAUUGAAAUACAAGUCAUAUGUAGUAUUCUGGCCACUAGGCGGCAGUGAUGAUUAGUGAUGUGCGAUAACACUCAUUUUGUUUCAGAUCCAAAACUUAGUCAAAUUCAGGCUGGCAUUGACGAUACCAAUACUUAAUUUCACCAAAUGGGUCUGGCUCAUUUUUAAGAAGGAGUGUAUUUCAUAUCAUACCAUAAAAGAAUAUAAGACAUUUAAUGAAUAUAUUCAUUUAAAAAAAUAUUAAUUUAGAUAAAUUAAUAAUUUAAUCAUAAAUGUAAAUGAUUUAUUUAUUGAUUUGAAACCCUGAAGUAUACUGAGGUAGCAGGGUGAUGUACAAUAUAGCCAGGUAAUAUACAACAAGAGAAAAACAGGACGAAAUCAUAAAAAAUGUGAAAAUGCUAUUUUAAACAAUAAAAAAAGAAAAUAAGUAAAAUAAUAAAAGCAUUUUCAUAAAUGAUUAAUUAUUGAGAAUGACAAAAUUUAAAACACAUGGCGUCAUAUACGAUCAGUCAACGUUUCAACUAACUUCACCUGAAAUGACUGAAGCAUGGAAAAUGAUAUUUUGAUUUGAGAAUCGAUUUCAGAGCAUGAAGACCUGGUAUCGAUCCGCACUUCACUACUUAACACUGCAUGAAACCAUGAAGUCAGCAUGUCAGACAUGAUAAGCGUGAAAAAAAAGUUCUCCUCUCAACCCGUGUGGAAGUGGUAAGUUUUUGGCCUCUUAAGUUUAAAAGAAAUAAACUUGAGGCUAGCUUGUUAGCUCGCUAGCUAAACAUAGAAUAACAGGAGUGUAAGUUAGUUAGUUAGUUAGUGUUAUUUCAGGUCUACGGGGCUCUAAUAAUGUUAAAACUGUAUUUAGAAAGCCAAAAACUGGUUUUCUAUACUACAAUACUCCAUUUAUUUGAAUCCUAUAUUUCGGUUGGAUCUGUAAGCAAUGAACCGCUAUAAACGAGGGACGACUGUAAAUAUUGGAUAUAUUGUGUGUGCUUUUUUUUUAAACUCUGGCAGCUAUCUUUUCAAAGUAGCUCAUUUCAUUACUGCUGUACUGCACUCCUCAGUACUGUAUGUCAGUAGAACAUAUCACAAGCGUUGCUACUUGUAAUCAGUGUAAUUUCUGCACGGUGUCAAGUGUGUGCCUGCUUUACAGUCUAUAAAAUAGUACACUUGAGGAGCAGUAGCACACUUUGCUAAUGUUCCUUCAUCAUAAGAAGCUUUGUAAGGUCUUAGACGUUGGCUUUAAUGUUGCUGCACGCUUCCCACGUGCACGGGCCAGGUGUGCUUAGUGACAGAUUAUCCGCCAUGCAGUCAAAUAUUAGAACACACAUGUUCAGGUGGAAAACAGCUCCUUUACGCCACAUGGCCGGACAUUUCAUUGGGGACAUGCACUCAUUCUGGCCCUUUCAAUAUGCAUACUUCCACUGUAGUUUUAAAUGAGGACUUUUCUCUCAUAAUAGUGGAAUAUUAUGACCUUUUCACAUUAUGUUACAAUACAAAUUACAAUUGGGGCUGUCAAAAAUAACGCGUUAACAGCGGUCACUAAUUUAUUUCAUGAAUUACAUUACAUUUUUAAUGUAAUUAAUGCAUGCGCGCCAGAGCAAGCACGCCUCUCUGUUACGAGAGCAGACGGAAUCACAGUGGCGCGUCCCCCCCACACAGUCACAGAGUCUGACGCUCUUUUAUAACUUCGUUCUGACCUGAACACAUCAACCGCAGUACAAUUCCAGCACCAUACACUGUAUGUAUUGUCACUACGCAAUACGUACCCAGGAUGCAAUCGGUUCAACUGGGUUCUACGCAUGUGCAGCACGCAUCUACAUCCGGUCGGCCUAUUUUAUGGCAGUCACAUGUUAGGCAUGUGUAAUCUGCGCCAUCCGUCCAUCUGUUUUACGCAAGCAAGCAAUAUACGUCCCUCCUCCACUCCCAAAAACGUUAUUAAGACAGAUAGAAAUUUGAGAAAUUACAACGUAUUAUAUCCAUGGUGCAAGUGGACAAUUUAUAAGCCCUCUUUUCUUUGUUCCAUAAAUUAUUUUAUGUUUUUUUUUGCACCACUGAAAAAAAUACACACAAAAGCAUUUGCUAGGAAGAUAUGUUUGGAUGGAUGGGAUAUCUCCGUUUUGAAAUAAAACCUCUAGCUCAAUCCUCUAGAUCAGGGGUCUCAAACACAAUUUACCUGGGGGCCGCUGGAGGUAGAGUCUGAGUGAGGCUGGGCCGCAUCAAGUAUUGGGAGUAGGGCUGGGAAUCUCGGGGUACCUCACGAUACAACACGCAAUACAUGGCUCACUAACAAUAAUAUCUUGAUACAGUAAUAGGGUGAAUCAAAUAAAUAAAUAAUUUCACAGUUUAUAUUUCGCUGCAUUCAGCUGGGAUAGGCUCCAGCUUACCCGUGACCCUAAUGAAGACAAGCGGUAUAGAAAAUGGGUGGAAUUUUUUUUACCACAUUUUGUAAGUGGCUCACUCACUCUUAGUUCAGUGUAGGCUUAUGUGUGCAUCCUACGAGUAACAUUGGCUUGCUGCACGCCGUAUUACAGUCAUCUUUGAAGACAAGUCACGGGCCGCAAAAUGUGACUCGGCGGGCCGCAAAUGGCCCACGGGCCACGGGUUUGAGACCCCUUCUCUAGCUGAUAGAUCCAUCAUUGCACUCUGCUUAUGGUUGUUUACAUUGAAAUAUUACUGCAUUUUAUGUGUUUGAUUCUACUUACGUAUGGUACACGUAACCGGAUAUGACGUUUACGUCUGCGCUACGUGCAUUGCGUAAGGUUUUACAUAGCUCAGUCUUGGUGGAUGUCAUAAGACGAUAGACACAUCCGCAUGCUAACGAAGUCUUUUAACAAGAGUCAUUCAUAAAAUAACCUCCCAAUAUAUUACAUGUAGAAAGUAUGGUUACUAAUCAUUUAUGGUCAUAUAUUUAAAAAAUAAUAACCAUCACAGCAUGUCAUGCAGCAGAAGCGCUGUUGUAAAAAUUAGCUAAAGGAGGAAGUGACGUAGUCCUUGCGCAUGCAAGGGACCGAUUGCGUUCCGGGUACGUAUUGCGUAAUGACAUGUAUCUCCAACUCACACGUCUCUAGUCCGUCCUUCCUGGGAAUGACACUUCCUCAUUCUCAUGGCAAGAAUGCGAGAAGCAUUCAGGGACAUCACAGGGACAUCCUGUCAUUUAUCUUUCUGUUCAUCAAUGUCUUAUUUUCUCUUAUUAUGUCUACUAUUUUGGGUAAUAGCAGUGUAAAGGUGACUAUAGGGGUGUUAUUUCAUAUCUACAGAGCUCCAGUAGUGUUAGAAACCAUAUUUAGAAGAUUAUAAACAUGUUUUCUAUGCUCUAACUGUGAAAAUAUUCCAUUUAAAAAUGAAGAUGUCCUACUCGAAGCAAUUCACUUACCACGGUAGGGACUGGAAUCAAUUAACCUCCGUAAACGAUGGAUUACUGUACAAUGCCGCACAUUGUUUCCUCCUCUUUUGUUAACAGUGUGGCCUUGAUGGAGGUCUGUGAGGUUGUUGCAGAUGGUCUUGUAGUGCGGCUGCUGUUGCAGCGUGUUGAGUGCAGUCCAAUAAAUGCUAGGAAUAAUGUACAGCA